AUGUCAACAGAACAAUAUUAUAGUACUCAUCAAACUAAUGAAGGUCAUUCAGGACCGACUGACUUUAUGUAUACCAAGAGUACUGACUCUUCAUGGCCUUAUUUUCAACAACCGUCGGAUUCUCGCAAUCGAAAUCUAUUUCCAACUUAUAGUUCCCUUUUUGAUUCAAGUGAACUCAAUUUUGAUAUGUGGCCAAACGAUUCUAAUGUUUCUCAGAGGAGUUCUAUGAAUGAUUCUCAGCUAAAUAUUCAGUCCAUUCAUUCUGCUAAUCCUAGCAUCCAACAAGCUAACCCUAGCAUUCAUCAAACUACCACUCCAUAUUCUUUAAACCCUGUCGAUAGUGGAUUAUCCGAUGCCCGAUAUGGAAAUCGUAAAUCAACUACUCUUUUAGAGUUUCAAGACUUUGGUGAACUUAUUUCAAGGGGAGAUAUUCCACCUGCAGAUGAAACUGUCAUUUCUCCGUUACUUGUUUCGGAAGAUAAAAGUAGUCACCGCCAAAGUUCUAAUUUUGAUACUGGUUUAUCAGAAGAACAAAUAGAUCAACCAAUAAAUAAUACUGGUUUAAGUGGUAAUAAAGUUACUAGAAAAAAACCGAUAAGUCCUUUGUCUCUAAAAAAUCGUAGGAAAAGAUUUUCCCAAGAUAGUAAAUCAACUGAACAAACUACCUCUCCGAAAUUUAUCACUCCAUCUCCAUCUCCAGGAAUUACUUCUUCUUCACCCCCUCCAAGAGUUUUUUCUGUUUCCCCUCCUCCGAGAGUUGGUUCUCCAAAACUUGUUUCCUCCUCUCCUCCUCAAAAAAUUCUUUCUUCUUCCUCUCCAAAAAUUCUUUCUUCAUCUGAUGUUAAUUUAUCAAAUCCAUAUACCCAUAAUUCGAAUAUCAAUGCUUCUUUUUCAGAAACACACCUUCCCUCCAUAAAUUCUUCUUCACAUGAUAAUAAACCUAAAAGUAGACCUACUACUCCAUUAUUAAUACCAAGUAAUAAUUAUCAAAAUAAACAAUCUUAUAGUACUCCUUCUUCCCCUUUAAUAUCUCCAAAAAGUUUUCAAGAAGAUCUUGAUGUUAGACAUAAUAGCUUUACUAAUUCUAUUAAUUCUACUCAAUUUAAUACUUGGUCACAAAGUAAAAGUAAACCUUAUUUUAGUGAUAAUACUGCUAGGUUUUCUCAUUCUUCAUUUAAUACUUUUAAUAGUUCUGAUAAUCCUAUUCCUUUUACGAAAUCCCCUAUUGAAGAUUUAAAUCGUUCAAAUAAUUCUAUUGAUCAAACUGAUUUUACAAAUAAUAAUUUAAAUAAUCAUUAUAAUCAUCAAUUUAAUCGUCGUCCUAGUGCUUCAACUUUUAAUAGUUUUAUUAGUGGUAAAACUAAUAUUACUUCAAAUACUUUUCAAACUAAUAUAUCAAAAUCUAAAAAAGGUCAUAAACAACAAAAAUCUAUAUCUAAUAUUUUUAGAAGAACUUCAAAAGAUAAUGAUCCAACUUAUCAAAGAGCUAUGCAAUCAUUAGAAGCUAUGCAAUUUAAUGAAGCUAUAUUAUUAUUCACUCAAAUUUUAAAAGAUCAUCCUGGUAGUUAUUCAGUUAGAUGUGAUCGUGCUUAUGCUGCUUAUCAAAUUGAAGAUUGGGAUAGAGCUAUUAAUGAUUUAAAUCAAGCUAUUUCAAAAAAACCUAAAAAAGCUCGUGCUUAUUCACUUAGAGGUGAAGUUUAUCGUUUAAGAUCAAUUUAUGAUAAAGCUUUAAUUGAUCUUAAUAAAUCUUUAAAAUUACAAAAAAGUAUUUUUGCUUUAAGAGUACGUGCUGAAGUUUAUAGUUCUACUCAUCAAUAUAGAGAAGCUAUUUUAGAUUUAGAUCAAGCUUUAGAAUUAGAACCACGUAAUGUUUUUACUAUAGUACGUAGAGCAAAAGUUUAUCGUUUACUUGGUUUAUAUGAUGAUGCUAUAAGGGAUUUAAAUAUUGCUCUUGAAUUAGAUUCAAAUAAUGCUUCUUCAACUUUAGCAAAUCGUGGUGAAAUUUAUAGACUUAUAGGACGUUAUGAUUUAGCUCUUGCUGAUUUAGAAUCUGCUUUAAGAUAUGAAGAAAAUAUAAUGGCUUUAGAAAGAAGAGGUUUAGUUUAUAGAGCUUUAGGUAAAGAUCAAAAUGCUUUAGCUGAUUUUGAUAGAAUUUUACAAAAAGAAUCUAGAAAUUUUAACGCUCAUAAGAAUAAAGCGGAAAUUCUUACAAAGAUGGAAAAAUAUGAAGAUGCUCUUACACAUAUGAAUAUCGCGUUACAAAUAGAACCUUUUGACUUUCAAUUAUUAAAGAGUCAAGGUGAAGCUUAUCAAUCAUUAGGUUAUUAUGAUGACGCCAUAAAAGAUUAUACAUCAGCAUUAAAAAUUGAUCCUAAUGAUGUUGGAAUACUUCAAAAAAGGGGUGAAAUUUAUCGUUUACUUUCAGAUUUUGAUAAAGCUUUAAGUGAUUUUUCAAGAGCUAUAGAAGUUGACCCCGCAUGUGUAUACGCAUUAGCUAGACGUGGUGAAGUCUACCGAAUGGCAAGACAAGGUCUUAAGGCUUUAAAAGAUUUAGAUGAAGCGAUUAAACUUGAUCCUGAUAAUUUAAUGGCUCGUGAAAGUCGAGAAGCUAUUACUGACUUGAAUACUGUGUUAGAAUUAAAUUCAUCAAAUAUUUGGGCAUUGACAUAUCGAGGAGAAGCAUAUUUAACAUUAGGAAAGUAUGAUGAGGCGUUACAAGAUUUGAACAAGGUAUUGGAUAGUUCACCUGAUUGGGGUUAUCCUUUAUCAUUAAGGGGUGCUGUUUAUCGAGCCCAAAAUAAAAAUACAAAGGCGUUAUUUGAUCUAGACCGAGCUUUGGACAACAUAAGGGAUAGAGCCUUUAAUAUCGAUCAUGAGACGAAAGCUUUGUGUAAUCGAGGUGCUGUCCACAUUACGUUAGGAAAAUAUAAUGAAGCGUUGGCUGAUUUAAAUAAGGUUUUAUUAAGAGAUCCGUCAAAUAUAUUUGCUUUAUGUGAACGAAGUGCUGUUUAUGAUAUUAUGGGAAAGAAAGAAAAAGCAUUGGUAGACAUUGAGAAAGCAUUAACGAUUGAACCUGAAAACGAAACUGUUAUUAAUCAACGAAAAAAACUUGAGGGAAAAUCAUAG